UUGAGUAUCGCAUUUCAAUUAAUAACCCAGAUAGCGUUUUCUGAAAUCGUAUAGACCCGCUUUACCAUUGACUUUUCUGAAAAGAAAAACACAAUAAACACAACUUCAAGUGAAGCAAAACGAUGUGUGGGUAAAUAAAAUAUGGAUUUAUAAAUCGGACAAUACACGAUACAAAAAGAUAACAAGAAGGGGAAAUGGCAACGACAACCGAAAAACCGUUGGCACGAUUUUGUGACGACAAUGUUUUUGAAACCAAUAUAUCAGUAGAUUACACCCACUGGUUCUUAAUUCCAGCCGUUGCCAUCAUGCUGCUAUUGUGUUUUAUGGAGAAGAGGAAGACGUUCAAACCAACUAUAAUGGGAGGUCGUCCCUCUGUUGUACGGCCACUCGGAUUUCUGGACGAACCUGCUAACCGCUGGGGUGUUAUGUUUGUCUUUGGCUCUGUGACUGGGAAUAUCAUACAAAUAGCACAGAAAGCGGUCUCUGAUGAGCUAGACUGGCCGAUUUGGGCAAGAAUUUUUAUGGUAUACAUUUUAUGUCUGGAGACAAGUGUUGUAUGCUACCCCUUAUUUGCCUGCAUGACGACUCGUCAUAAAUUGGUUGGAGCUAUAGCGGGUCUUCUUUACUCUCUAGGAUGGUUUACAUUAGAGAUGGUACAAAAUGUCGCUAUAGGAAUUUGUUAUGUGAAGUAUGUAGACCCGAAUAGAGACGUGAAGAUGUCGGCACAUAUUCUGAUACAAGAAAUGCCCGUGACAAUUUGUAAUUUUCUAGUAGUGUUGAAAUUUUGUUGGAAACUUUACAAAUGUUUAAGGAAAGGAAUUUACAAAAUUAGCCAUGAGGAACACGUGAAACUUUGUAAAUCAUAUCACCUGACAUAUGUAAAACAUCUUCUGAACAAACGAGCCUUGGACAAUACUAACGAAAUCUUGACAUGGAAGCAAAAGAUACAUCGGAAGAUUAUACGACCUGUGCCAGGAUUCAGAUUCCCCAUUUCCAUCACGAUUACAUCAUUUAUGUCUGGUGUACUACUAUACAUGGUUGGUCUAUACUGUGCUGAGUUUAUGGAAAUUCAAUCGAAAAUGUACUUCUUUGAUUUUGUAGAUCUUAUAAAAGCUGCUAAUGUUAUUGCGACCAUGAUUACGUUGCUUUGUGGUAUAAGAAAUAUCUACAUUUUACUUAUGAACUACAGGCGAGACAUGCUCCUGUUGUUUAAAGGAGAUAGAAGCUUCAUUCCCAAUACGGUACAAACACCUUCACCAAAUAUUUACAUGGCUCAAGGGAUGCGGUUUAUUGGAACAUCAAUUACUGGAAUGUUUUGGGGAACUGUGUUUUGCUAUUUGCUUGUGUUUGUUCCAUUAGCCUUGAUGUUUAUGAUAAUCAAGAUCCUUAACUUGAGGGAGGAACUUGACAAGAUGUGGAGACAGUUACAGUGGCUAAUAUAUCCGAUUUGUAUGGUUAUCAUAUUCAAAUUACAAACUUUCCUGAUUGGUCGAUUCUUUAUUCAGCCGAAGAUAAAUGCUGAGGACAAAUAUAGACCACUUUCUGUAGAUAACAGGAAUUUUUACGACGUAUUAAGCUUCUUCGCUAUUUUCCUUAAUGCGAGUAUUGGACUCUUUACCUUCCUUAAGCGUAUUCUGCUUGGUGCAUUUUUGGGCGUGUUUCUGAUUCCCAGGAUGGACAGGAGCCUACUAAUGCGGGGAUAUGAAGCCAUGGAUAAAUGUUAUGUAAACUACAUAGGAAUGAUAAUGGUUGAUGUGGCACACAAUCACCCUGUGAUGCGCGUGUUUUGUUUCCUUGUGAAAUCUGAUGUAGAAAAUAGAAGAGAUAGAAAACCUCUGCGAUCUGCUGUGGAGAACGCUGUGUAUGGCAAUAUAAGCUUCUCAGAUCACAUUCCAAUUGAAACAGGAAACAGCAUUGCCAAGAGAAGAUGGUGGCUUGCAUUGACAUUAAUCCGGAACCCUUCACUCGUGGCUUUGCGAGUUCGGGAAAGUAAAGGAGAACCCCGGCACAGAGCAACGCUGAGUCUGACGGACAUUAAAUGCGAUGACAAAACAGCUAUUGUUGAAAAUUCGGCAGACGCUUGGGGAUUUUCUAUAAGAUGUUGCAGAAACUACAAAUUUGAGAUUCCUUCAAACAUUCUCAUAAAUUUGAUGGCUUUGAUUGUAUUAUUAUCAGUGCUCGUCAUUUAUACUGGGUUUCCAAUUUUGCUAAAAGAUCUGAUGAAAGAGGCAGAAGCGCUUGCUUUGGCAACGUAAUUAACUUUAUAUACUGCUGUGUCAACAUUGCAUGCUCGUACAUAGUAUUUCUUAAACAAUGAGACAAAUCACCGAUGAGGGUUCAUAAUUUUCAUAAAUAUACGUUUGUAUGAAGUUUUUAAUUACCAGUGGUAAUUCUACGAUAUCCAGAUUUACUUAAAUACUUAUACUUCUGUAACAUUGUGACUGUGCGCAUAUACAUUUUCUUUUUAAGAUUAUAUUAGAUUGAUACACAUUAAAUAUACCUAUUAUAUUUUAGUAACUAACACUUUCACUGGGUAGAAACCUAUUAACGAGAGAUAGAAUUACAUGUAUUUAGAUAACUUGCCAUUUCUUUUUCUAAUAAAUGUUUUGGAAUUUUUCUGAUGAUGUUUUUACCAAAGGAGAAAACAGUCGACAAAAUAGUUUUUCUAUAUCUUCACAGCUAGAUAAUAAGCUGUUAAUUUAAAGAGUAAUGAUAAUGUUUGAUGUAACAUGUAGUGCGCUAUCAGUGUAAAAUCUAUAUAAAGGUUAUUUUAAACAUAUCAUCGGUGCUUCUUCUUCGAAAUCAAGAUUGUGUUAGUGGAAUUUUGAAAUUGUUUGCUUUUCAUUUGCCGUGUUUUUCUUUCUGCCAAAAUUGACCUUAGAUGAACAUAAAAUGACAAAAGAAAUGUAAAAUUCUAUCUAUUCUAUAUUUGUUCUUUUAAAGAUUGACUCUUUAAUUGUUUUCAGUAGUAAAACUAAUUUCGGCUUACUCAUGCAAAAGGUUCCUCACAUGUUUGGGUCAAAUGCCUUUGAGAGACAAAUGAUUAAAGGUGAAUCCUUAUCAAUGUCUCAAAAUGGAGAACAAAGUCUGUGAACAUUUCGUCAUCGAUGAUUAUCUGUAAAUAUAAUAAAUAUAUUAUUUCGG